ACACAUUUUUAUUUCGAUUUAUCAGUGUGUAAUUAUCAUGGGCGUAAAAUUCGUGUUGGUAAUUGUUGUUCUGGCUGUACUUGUAUUCAAUGAAGCAGAUGCAUGGUCCAGGCUGAAAAGAUGGGGAAAGAAGUUGACAGGUGGAGGGCAACAUAAUCCAGCAGAAGUGGAGACUGGAAAUGAAGAAAGCCACUACCACCAACCGCAGCAACAGAGUUACUACAGUAGCCGACGACGAAGAAGAAGUCGUUCAUCUUACAGCAGGCGAAGAAGAAGUAGACGGGGGGACAUUGAAAUUGCUGAACAGGAAAACGAAGAGGAAAGUGAGUCCACAAAUAACUUACCCGACUACAACGAAAACCGGCAAAUUCUUUCUGAUAUGCUGGAGUUUAUUAUAGACGACGCAACUAACCACUUGUUUGAAGAUGAAGAGCAAGUUGCGUCACAUACUAUCUGAAUAUGGAAAAGACAUAGCGAAUAAUCGGGAUAAAACAACUCGGAAUGGCAUCAUGAAUAUUUUUAUUCUUAUUUUAUUGAAUUUAUUUUAAUCGGAAUAUAUAUAUACAGUAAAGCAUUCGUCUGACCGUAAAACAACUCGGAAGUCGGAAUGGCAUCAUGAAUAUUUUUAUUCUUAUUUUAUUGAAUUCAUUUUAAUUAAUCGGAAUAAAUACAGUAAAGCGUUCAUCUGA